AUGGCCUUUUGGAGAAAGAAAAAUGGCACCCAAAAAGUACAUGCUUCUGUUGUUUCACUAUCCAUGGGAUCUGAUAAUUAUCGAAAUUUUCACGGUCGGGAUCGAGAAUAUUUGCAAGCAAGAAGGGAAUUUCUCAGCAGUUAUCAGCUUAGUGAAGGCAACAGGUUGAAGGAGAAGAUAAAGAGGUUUUUGGGAGGGGUUAGGGAGACAACCAUGGCUGCAGUUGCUGCAAAGAGAAAGAAGAUUUUUGGAAUUAGGGCAUACAAGUUUACAUUGACUUGGCCAACUGAAUUUGUCAUAAGAUGCUUUGUUCCAGGAAGGAGAUAA